AUGGCAUCCCCCACUGCGAAUCCACCCACUGAGAGCCGCCUCUCAACACGCAUCUCCCUCCGAUGGCUCCCGGAACCCGCUUCGGAAACGACCGACACCAUCGUCAUGUCCGUGAAGGGUUGGUACGUGGACCUUCGCGUAGAUAAGAAAUCCGGCGACAUUGACUGGGCAAUUGCCGGUCAGCGGGUUGUGGAUAGUAGUGACCCUCACCGCGUGCAGUUUACUCAUGAGAUUGACUCGCACAAUUCUUUUGAUGACGUUGACUGUGGUACCUUUACUACAUUGCCAAACGGUGAUGACCUCGAGACUGGAUCUAUGUCUCGUCCAGAUCUGCCGGGGGCUCCGGUGACGGAAUAUGAGGAGGUAUGGCGUGAGUUGAGAUUCAAGGAGGGUCCCGAGGGGCCGGGAAGGGGUGUCUCAUGGGUUUUGGAAUCAAAGCAUGAUAUUGAGCUUAGGGAAGACGAGGAGGUGGAGGUUUCGCGGACAUUUUUGGCGAGGAUCUGGGGCACGUAUUUGGUGGUGCGACAGAAGCAGGUAUAUGUGCGCUCGGCCUUCGCGGGUUCUACAGAUGCAGUGGUAAAGGCAGGGAAGGGGGUUAGUGCUAGGAGAGAAGAAUGGGAUUCAAGCACUGGGUGGUCGGCCAAAUAUAUUCUUGGCCUGGAAGGGGACAGUUUGCCCUGUGCUAAGGACGUCGAGGCCAACGAACAACUGCGCGCACCGGGGGGAACAGUUCUAGUCAGAGGUGAGCCAUAUACAGUACGAUCAUAUGAAGUUGUGUAG